CUUUGCCCCGGUCACGUGGCGGCGGCCGAGGCCCGGGCUCGGGAGACAGCGGCGGCGGCGGCGGCAGGUCCGGGGGAGGCUCGUCCCGCGGGGAGCGAUGUGGGGCUCACCCUUCAUGCUGUAUCCGAUUGAAUUCCUCCGCGAGGCUCCAAAGCGACGCGCCGGGCGCGGGGGCAGCAGGGCUCGUCCUCCACCCCGCCGGGUUUCGGGGCCUUGUGUCCCGCCCUGAAGCCCCCGGGUGGUGCUGAAGGCUCCAUUUCUGAGCUCAGGAGCGCGCCUCUCCAUGACUGCCAUCUCCUCAACACCCGGUUGCAGUUUAUUCCACCCAAGACAUGUUCAUUUGGCUGUUUGAAAACUCUUAACACUCAUCCUGGUGAAUACCUCUGCCUUCAGGGAGACCCCCUGUACCUCUCUGGGGGUAUGAGGGCAAAGGGAAAUAUAUAACACAAGCUGCGCUCGGUGAGCUGCGGUUGAAUUGCGAAGUUUGCCGGUGUGCGUCCUUCGAAGAAUAGGUCACCAUGGCCACCGACUCGGAGAUUUUGCAUUUUCAGUUUGAACAGCAAGGAGAUGCUGUGUUGCAAAAGAUGAACCUCCUGCGGCAGCAGAACUUAUUUUGUGAUGUAUCAAUCUACAUCAAUGACACCGAGUUUCACGGACACAAGGUGAUUUUUGCUGCCUGCUCCACAUUUAUGAGGGAUCAGUUUUUGCUCAAUCAGUCAAAACAGGUGCGAAUCACUAUCUUGCAGAGUGCUGAGGUCGGCAGAAAGCUGCUGCUCUCUUGUUAUACUGGAGCGCUGGAGGUUAAAAAGAAGGAGCUUUUGAAGUACCUGACUGCGGCAAGUUACCUUCAGAUGGUUCACAUUGUAGAGAAAUGUACCGAAGCUUUGUCCAAGUACCUGGAAAUUGAUGCUUCUAUGGAGAGCGGCAGCCAAAGCACAGAGAAAUGUCAUUCCUCAGACAUGGAACUGAGAAAUAGGGAUGACAGCGUAGAUAAGGACUGUGAAAUAAUUGAGAUUACUGAAGACAGCCCUGAUAAUUUAGACUAUCAUGUAAAACAAGAGAAGGAGGGUGUCCUACAGCCUGCAAUGCAAAGUUUAGUAUCGGAAAGAAAAGACACACAAACACCAGAAAUAUCCACAGUUAAAAUAGGAUAUAAAGAUGAUGAAAUCUGUAUCUUCAGAAUGGAUUCGAUGAGUGCAGCUAAUGUGGACAAUGAUCCCUUCCCACAGCCUUGCACCUCUUCCAAAACGAGUUUAUAUUUCUCAGAAACACAGCAUUCUUUGAUCAAUUCCACUGUUGAGAGCAGAAAUUCAGACAUGUCAGGAAGUUAUUUCCAGACCUUUGUCAAUGACACUACUGAAGGAAACUCUAGUGUAGCAAGUGGGUUCCAGAGUUUGGAGGAUUCUGGUUAUUCAUGGCGACAUCAGUGUCCUAAAUGUCCCCGAGGAUUUCUCCAUCUUGAAAACUAUCUCAGACAUCUAAAAAUGCACAAACUGUUCUUAUGUUUGCAGUGCGGGAAAACGUUCACACAGAAGAAGAAUCUCAACAGGCAUAUCCGAGGGCACAUGGGCAUUCGCCCGUUCCAGUGCAUGGUUUGCCUGAAGACCUUUACUGCCAAAAGUACGCUGCAGGAUCAUUUGAAUAUUCACAGUGGGGACAGGCCAUACAAGUGCCAUUGUUGUGACAUGGACUUUAAACACAAAUCUGCCCUAAAAAAGCACUUGACUUCAGUCCAUGGAAGGAGCAGUGGUGAAAAACCAAUCCUGGACACUAUCACAAAAAUCAAGAUAGACUAUGAUUAGCAGCCCUCUGGGUAGAUCUGGAGCCUGGCUCUACGUAGAAUCCUCUUGUAGCAGAAUCCCAGGUGUUCUACAGAUUCCCAUUUAAUGGAGACAAGUGCAAAUAUAUGUCUGUCAGAAAAUGAUCAAGAUGGGUCAUAUUUAUACUAACCCUGCCUGCUGUGUUUAAGCCUAGCCUAGUAUUGUUGCAACUCUUUGUAUGGUCUUUGCCAGUUGAAAGUAAACUGCAACACAGGGGAACAGUUUGUACUCCUUUACUGCUUCCUCUUAAAAAGAGACACUUUUCUGCUUGUCUUUCACCCUUCCUUUUUCCACUGAAGGGUGGUGCCAUUGAAACUGCAAUAAAUUGAGGCCAGAGCAGUGGCCUUCCCAGUGUUUAAUGGAUGUUCAUGUGGCUAGUCAUCCCCAUUCACUUCAUGUUUCAGUCCAGGGGGAAGUCACUCCUCACUUCAUUACACUUUGCUGACUCUUUCAGCAAAAAAAGUCAGGGCCUGACACUCAGAAGUGUGGUUUUUUAAAACAAUGUCCCUCUCCCCCAAACAAAAACUGAAGCCUUUAUGAAGAGAAAAGCAGAAAAAAGGUGUAUAGAUAUUCCUACCGUGCAGUUCACUUUUAAUUGGACAAUCUCAUUAGAGAAAUCCAAAUUUUAUUACAGUCAUUUUCUGAAUUUUUCUGGCACCCACUCUUCUGACAGCUUUGUUUUCACUGAUAUGAAAUGUUUCAUACACUUCUGUUUCACACACUCUAAACUAGUCCUGUCUUCUGUCUGUAUUCUCUGAUUUUUGUCUUUGGUUUUUGUAAAUCGUAGAUGUAUGUUGCCAGUGUGAGAAAUCUGAACUGUGUGCUGUCCCGUAAUAGAAAUCUAUCUAAUUGGAAGGCAUCCUUUAUAUUUCAUUGGGAUCAGUCUAGACAUGGGGUUUGCUCACUGUCUAAUUCUGUGAUACAGAGAAGCAGUGCCAUAUAUGUUUGGGUAGAUGUGUUCAUAAUCUGUCAGAUCGUUUCUGUUUUCUCUCUAAGCAUCAAAAUGCUCUAGAACUCAAACCCUUGCUCUGCCUAUUACAUGGAAAAACAUGUAAGCCAGUCAAUGUGGUAUACAUAAUACAAUUAUUGUAAUGGAAAAUGCUAUUUAUUUAAGAUCUCAAUAUGUACGACAUAUAUAAACUUUACGCCCAAUUUCAGAAAUACAGUUACGAAGUUCUUAUGACUGAGUUGAAGAAAUUCUGGCAUCUGUGCUCUGCAUAAUUUGGAAGUUUGGUAAGUAUUUUGUGAUGGCUGCUAAUAGAUGACACAUCUUAUCCUAUGAUCUAUCUAGAAGCAUUAUUUGGGGUAAGUGGGGCUUGGGUACACAUGAUAUUAUAUAGAAUCAUAGAAAAGGAGGGUUGAAGGGACCUCAGGAGGUCACAUCUAGUCCAUCCCCCAGCGCAAAGCAGAACCAGCCGCAACUCUACAUCACCCCAGCCAAGGCUUUUUUCUAGCCGGGUCUUAAAAACCUCCAAGGAUGGAAACCCUACAACCUAAAUAUAACUUCCUCCUAUCUGUAAAAGCAGUGUUCAACUGUCCCAGUGUACAGACUGUUUUCCCAAUUGAAAACUCAGUUUUGGAAGUGUUAAUAACAGUCAUUUCACUGUCUUUGAGGUUUGGUUUGUACUAAGCUGUCCGCUAGAUAGUUACGCAAAACUGAUAAACUCCCCCCCUGAUAAACUGAUAUGUAUAAGUAAUACAGCAGCCACUGAUACUUUGGAUUAUGCAGGUAUCAAGAGGUCCCAGCUGGGAUCGGGGCUCCAUUGUGCUAGGUGAUGUGUAGUCAUGGAGAGAUGCUCUGUGGGGCAGGGGUUAUGUUGUCUAUUCAGAUUGUAUCUCCUAUCCCUAUUUUAUAGUCUAGGAACCAAGAGAGCUUGACUUCUAUAGGGCCCCUUCAUGAUGCAAAAUUCAUGUGACUGACUUGCAGUAUGUAAAGUUAAGCAUUUGUGUGUCUAUAGGAAUAAGGCCAAACUUCCAAGGAGGUAUGUGAUAUGACUGGAUAUUAAAAUAGUCCGAGUCCCAGUGCUGUGUGUUAACUAACCUGUCUUUUAGCUCUCUCUCCUUUUAUUUGGCACUGCUUCCUUUGUGGUCUUCUAACUAUGACAGUUGUAUUUGCCAGACUGAGGAAUUGGAUGUUUUUAUGUUUGUUGGGUACUGAUGCACGAUGAAUUUUUUUAGGUUUGUUUUUUUUUUACUGUGUUUUUCAGUUUGAAAAGUGGCUAGUUUGUGCUUGCAGUAAUUGUUUUUCGUGGCACAUCUAGUUUGAUUUCGUGUUCUUUAUGUGCAUUCACAGUCCUUACAUUUACUGUUUGGAUCUGCUGGUUCUUCAGAAAAUAACAAAUGUGGAGGGUUCAUUUUUGGUUGCCAUCUUAUAAUAUUAACAUUUAAGGGUCUGAAUUUCAAAACAUGCGUUUCUGCAUUUACAGUUUCGUGACCAUUAAUGGUAAUUCGGAUGUAUGUAUAGGUUUGUGCCUGCAAAUUUGCACACUUCUAAACUCUGGUCCAUCACAUAUGAGAGAGAGAAAAAAAUAGGAAAAGCAGUGAUUUCUUUUUGGUUUGUUUUUUAACAAAAAUAAUUUAUAUUGUAGCAUAAUAGAUAAAUGUUGUGCAGAUUUGGAGCAGAUACCUUCUAUUGACUGUUCUUGAGGUUGUUCAGCUGCAAACGUGUUUCUGGUAAGUGCAUGAAUCUCACUGAUAUGAAUUCAUAUCAGUCGUUCCCUGGCUUUUGUUUGUCUCUGUUACAUGGCUGUGGGUAUGCAUGUUUCUUAACUGAUGAAGGGGGAAGUAGAGGCUAUGUAAUCUUGAUAUGCGCCUUCAGUGAGAGCAGGAUUGUUUCUUUCUGCUGUUCAUAGUGCAUGUGAAUGAGAGGAAGUGGUGUUGUCUGAUGGACCAACAGCAUGUUUACCUCUUCAGUGGCUAAAAUUUUUCCUUGGUAAACUUUAUUAUGAGAAAACAGACCAUGCACAUGUACCCUAAAAGAUGUCUCCUUGUACCAUUGUCUCCCUGUACCAUUUUCUUACAUGUAGCCAUUUGCCAUAUUUAUAACUUAAUAAAUUAAAUGGAAAUGA